AUGAAGAAUUUUAUUGUUGCUUUGAACAAGUUGUUGCUCAUGACCCCAACUGCCUCAUGGCCUACUGGGGGCUCUGCGACGCAGCUGGCCCAAACUACAACAAGGCGGCUCUUUGAUCCCACGGAUCUGAAACAUGUCUUCAAAAUUUGCUACCAUGCAUCCAAGGAGGCCGAGGACUUGAUUGACGAACGAGAGAUCACGCCGGUCGAACGGGCGUUGAUCAAGGCAAUGCAAUCCCACUUCCCAGUCAAUAACCCAGUAUCUGACUGCUCAGCCCUGGACAAAGCCUACGCAGCUGCUAUGGAACAGGUAUACCAGGCGUACGGGGUAAAUGACCUGAAUAAUACGACUCUCUACGUGGAUGCAUUGAUGCAUACCGCCCUUCGGAAGAUUCCGGGAAUCUUUGAAACCGCUCUGGCAAAUCGAGCUUCCGAUAUACACCCCGGCAUUCUGCACUUCUGGGUCCAUUUUAUGGAAAUGUCAAAUACGCCCGCCGUCGCACUCCCUGCUGCUAACAAGCUUCGGCACAUCGUUCCAAACGGAGGCCAUAUUCACCACAUGCCGACGCAUCUAGAUGUCCUAGUCGGUGACUACCGUGCUUCUAUUGACCCAAACACUGAGGCAGUCAAGGCAGACGAGAGAUUUCUAGCAAAGCGUGGGGCCAGGAACUUCUACAGUUUCUAUGGAUUCCACAACUAUCACUCUCUAAUAUAUGCGGCUUUGUUGUCUGGACAGCGCAGGAUCGCCCUGGAGGCUACCGACCUGAUGGAAGCUUCUAUCACUGACGAGCUUUUGCGAGUCGGAUCUCCGCCGAUGGCUGACUGGAUGGAGUUUUCGCGGCUGUGA